UCCGUUCCAUAUGCUGGACCGUACCGGCCCGCAGCAGGUGCAGUCAUCUCAUCCCAUCUCAUCUCAUCUCAAACAGUCAUCGUUCUCAGUGCGAGUGAAACGUUUCCAAGCGUCAGAACCACUACAGUCUAACAGCAAGCCGGAGUGGACCCCGGUCAGCGUGUGAAUGCGAAGGAAAGCGGCGGAGAAACACAAUGGCCCUCAACCAGAACCACUCCGAGUCCGGCGGAGUCAUCAUCAACAACAGCGAGAGUGUUUUGAUGUCUUAUGAGAAUGUGGAGCUGGCGUUCAGUGAUGCAGACCGCUUACCAGACCUGUUUAAGAAAAGCAAGAAGGGGAGCAUCUUUCUCACACCGUACAGGGUGAUCUUUGUGACGAAGGGGAAAGAUGCUCUGCAGUCCUUCAUGAUGCCGUUCUACCUGAUGAAGGGCUGUGAGGUUAAACAGCCUGUGCUUGGAGCCAACUACAUCAAGGGCACAGUGAAUGCUGAACCAGGGGGUGGUUGGGAGGGGUCUGCCACCUUCAAGCUGAUCUUUAUCGCUGGAGGAGCCAUUGAGUUUGGCCAGUACAUGCUACAGGUGGCAGCUCAGGCCUCUAGAGGGCAGCCUGUGAUUGGCAACAUUGGAUGUGCAUACAUGGCCAACGGAGCAUAUGCGUGCCCACCUCCCCCUCCAGCUAAUGGAAUUUACUCCACUGGACCUCCGCCUCCUGGCUACUCCUACCCUGGGCCCCCACCUCCAGGUGCAUUCUACCCCAACCCUCCUGGUUUUGAUGGUCCAGCAGCUUACAUGCCUCCUCCCCCAUACUCUGCAUCAGUGGCCCAGUCUUCUCUAGACCCAGACCUACCCCGGACACCUGCAGCGGAGGCAAAAGCAGCAGAGGCAGCAGCCAGUGCAAGCUCUUCCUCUCUCGCAUCGACUCAUGUUUAUCUGCCAGAAGACAAGCCUCCACCUUACUCGCCACCUGAAGACAAGAAGAACCAAUAAAUUUCUGACCAGCAGUUCCACAGCUAGCCCUCAGUCUUCUCUCUCACACACAUGAUCUUAAUAGCAGCAUUUCAUUUCAUUAGCUCAACUAACAGUGUCCUCUUGUAAUGCUACUUGCAGUAGCUCGAGGCUUCCCAAGGUGGUAGAAAAUGGGAUUCCCAGUAUCUCUACUGUGGGGAGUGAGAGGAAAGCGGAAAGUUUCUGAUUUCACUGUGUGUAAAUGAGAGGUACUUAAAACUUUAGGACUGUUAGCUCAUCAGCAGUGACCAGUCAUAACAGUAAAAUACAGGAUUCCUUAAUUUUAUUUCCUGUCAUUCUAAGGAGGUGGCUGUUUAUGUAAACCGCUGUGUGAACUUUUCAGAUAGAUGAACUAGUUUGAGCCAGUGUAGCUGACUGUCUUUCAUAAGAAAUGGGACCAUAAUUAUCAGGAAAUAUGGGAACAGCAAGUCUGGAUAGACAGUAUGAUGAGAAAUUCAAAAUGUUACUGUGUAUUCAUUCAGGGGUUUGCUUCGAGACCCAUUUCACCUCGUGCUGUUUCUAAAAUGUGAGCGCACCUUGGCCAAAGCACUACAUACUGUGUGUAGCACCUGUGAAUCCGCUGUACUGUCACUUUUGGUCCUAUUACGCUUUGUCAGUUGUCAUUCUCUUCUGAAGCAUCUCUUUAGCUCUGGAGCAUGACGCAAACUAAUAUGGCACUUUAACUUUGUCAUGCAUCAGUACAAUCCCCCCUCCCCCCAGCCCCCCCUUGUGUGCAAAUACGAUUUCUUGUUGGAUGUUUUAAUUUAUUACUUAAUUUAUUUGAAUGAUGAACUGUGUAACCAACUAAGCAUGGUCUCAGCUAUAACGUCUAACGUACAGUGGAUUGUAUUUUAUUAAAUUUAACUUAUCAGUUGAAA